CCGAGCCCAGGGCUGCCGCCCGCCGGUGGUGGCUGGCUUCGGGGAAGAGAGGCCAGGGCCCGCGGGACCGCACCCACGUCUCCAGUGCAAACUGGAGAAGGAGAACAGCGGCAUCUGAUAGAAGACCUUGGACGUCGGAGAGUGAAUUGGACGACGUACCUGGAGAAAUGGACGCUAGAAGAAAACACUGGAAGGAGAAUAUGUUUGCUCCUUUUUUUAGUGCACAGGAUAUUCUAGAUGAGGCUUCUCAGCCUGAAUCAUCUUCUGAACAAAUGACUUUAGAUAAGGCCAAUAGAAUAGAAGGAAUUUUUAAUUUGUCUAGCAGAAAGUUUCAAGAAGAAAAUAAACUUAAGAGGAAAGAAUGUAUUUCUCAACUAAACGAAAAAGAACAAGAACCAAAUUUGAGAGAGAGAAAGAUAAACCUUUCAAAGAAUGAAGCAGACACAAAUUCUGUCUCCUGUGACUCAUCUAAUUUGGAUGUGGUGACCGAAGAAAGCUUUAAUAGCACAGAAGACCGUUCUACCUGGAGUACAAAGGAAUUACCAAUCCUACCACGACCAGACAUAAAGAAGAAAUUUACCGAAGGAAUGUCUCCCAAACUUCGCCUGAAUCUUUUGAAUGAAGAACUGGAAGAACUUAACAUGAAAUGCAGGAAAAUAGAAGAGGAAUUUGAAAAUGCCGAAAAAGAACUUUUGAACUCCAAGAAAGAAGUCCCCGCAAAACCCCUCAAGUUCCAGGAAACAGGAGGAGAAACUUCAAAGAAAGACUGGGAGCUUCAAGCUUUAAGAAAUGACCUCUCCGAAAAAGCGACAAACGUCCAGAACCUAACCGAAGAGCUCCAGCAAGCCAAAGAACUCAUCCACAGGCUGAGCCUAGAGAACCGAGAUUUGAAAGAGGCCGUUAGGAAACUCAAGCGACAGACCGAGAUCGGAAACGUGCUCCUGAAGGAAGAGAUGAAACUGUACUACGAGCUAGAGAUGGAAAAGAUCCGUGGGGAGCUGGACGCCAUCAAGAACGAGCUGAGAGCUGAGAAGACCCUGCAGGCCAGAAACAACAGGGCCCUAGAGUUGCUUAGGAAACACUUCGCUUCUGUGACGUCAUCAAGUACCCUGGACAGCUUGACGGAGGAUUUUUUUUAAAACUCAAAAAAAUAAAAAAAAAAAAAGCCUUUCAUGAGGCAAAUCAUGGA